AUGGCUAUUAAACUGGAUCUUUCUAAGGCUUUCGAUAGAUUGGAAUGGACUUUUAUUGUUUCAGUUUUUAAGUGCCUGGGUUUUUCUGAAGAUUGGUGUCAAAUGAUUUAUCAGUGCAUAAGUAUUGUCUCUUACUCAGUACUGGUGAAUGGCUCUCCAGGUGAGUGGUUUUUCCUUUCUCGUGAUAUUAGACAGGGUGAUUGCCUUUCUCCGUACAUCUUUAUUAUAUGUAUGGAGGUUUUAUCACAACUUAUCAUAAAAGCUGAGCAUGAUAAUCUUAUUCAGGGUUUUAAAUUUUCGAAUGAUAGGCCUACUAUUUCGCAUCUUUUCUUUGCCGAUGAUUGCAUGCUUUUUUCUAAGGCUUCCUUAACUUAUGCUAGGAAUCUUAUGAAAAUUAUAGAUGUCUUUGCAAAAGCUUCUGGGAAAGCCAUAAACUAUGAUAAGUCGAGUUUCAUUACUAGUUCCAAAACUCAUCAUAAACAUAUUAAACUUCUGGCUAAAACCUUAAAGAGCAAAUUUCUGAGUAAUUCAGAGAAAUAUCUUGGUACACCCCUAUUUAUUAACAGAAAUAAAAGUAAAUCUUUUCAAUUUGUUAUUGAAAAUUUCAACUCUAGGUUAAGCUCUUGUAAAAGAACCAAUCUGAAUAUUGCUGGUACAAAUGUAGUUACAAAACAUGUUCUAUCGAGUCUUGUUGUGUAUCAGAUGUCUUGUUUUCCUUUACCUAAGAAGAUUACUUCGAAGAUUGAUUCUAUCCAAAGAAGAUUUUGGUGGUCUAAAAAAGACCCUAGACAUGCUGCUUACUUUCGUUCUUGGGGGGAUAUUGGUAAGUCUAAAAACUGUGGUGGUCUAGGUAUAAGGAAUACUUAUGCCACUAACAGGGUUCUCAUAAGUAAGUUAGGUUGGAGAUUAUUGCAAAAUCUGGAACAUCUUGUUUCGAUAUUCUUGAAAGAUAAAUAUUUUCCUAAUCAGAAUCUUCUUGAAAUUGAUAAAGCUGCAGACUCUUCUUCUUGGAUUUGGAAAGGUAUAGUAGAGAGCUUAGUUUUUAUUAAAGCAAACAUAGUUAGGAAAAUUAAUGAUGGUGCUUCUACUAAUAUCUGGCUUGAUAAUUGGAUACCAUAUGCUACUUCUCCACCUGUUUCUAAUAAUAUAAAUUAUAAAGAUUAUGGUUAUGGUUAUGUGAAAAAUCUUAUUGAUGUGAACAACAACAUUUGGAAUUUGAAUUUGUUAAAUAGUUUAUUUUCUCCAGAGGAUGUUAUUAGAAUUAGAGCUAUUAAGAUUAAUUUGCAUCAGAGUGAUAAAGUUAUGUGGGCUCAUACGCAUAAUGGUAUGUUUACUAUCAAAUCGGCGUAUAAGGCUUAUAUGAAUGAAAGUUGUACUAGGGAAGAAGCUUCUUUCUGGCGCAAGGUUUGGUCUUUGGGGUGUCUUCCCAAAAUUAAGUUCUUUAUGUGGAAAACAUUUUCUCAUAUGCUUCCUGUUAAUUCUCUACUUAGUGUUUAUAAUCCUUCUAUUGAUGAUAUAUGCCCUCUUUGUAAGAAUGAAGUUAAAACUGAGUUACAUUUACUAGUCCAGUGUCCGAUUGUUUCACAUGUUUGGUUUGGUAUGUCCUUUCAGCAUUUAAUUUCUCCUGAUCUGCAAGGGAUAGAUGAUUAUUUUCUUAUAAAGAUUGCUAUUGAUCUAAAUAAAGUUAUACUAGAUGCGAAAAGAAUGAUAAACUCAUAUAUUAAACCUUCCAUUCCUGUGAGGGAUAGUAACAUACAUAAAAAGAUUUGCAGAACUGAGGUGGAACAUUUUAUGUUUAUUGAUGGUUCUUACAAGGAUUCUAAUAUGGGUGUUGGUAUUUUCUGGUGUGAUUUGGCAGGAACAAUAAAGGGUUCUCGUGCUGACUUUGGGCUGAUUCCAGAUGCGGUUGGAGAUGAAUCAAAUGCUCUUUUUUUGGGUAUCUCUUGGGCUUUAGAGAUGAAUCUGUCUAGAGUCAUUUUUCUUAGCGACUGUCUUCAAAUGGUGGAUUUUGUGAAUGAAGACUGUUCAAAAGUGGGCUGGUGGAGCAGUGAUGUUCUAAAGGAUUGUAGGAGUUUGUUCUCUAGUAAUAGCAGUUUUAAACUUAUGUAUAUUAAUCGUGUCAAAAAAAAUCUAGCUGAUAAGCUUGAUCGUCGAGCUAGAAAGUACUGUAUUAAGAACAAUUGGGUUUCUUUUCCUCCUUUUUUGGAUAGUCUUGUAAGGAAGGAGCCCCUCGUUGAUGUCUGUACUUCACUUUUAAGUUAA